AUGCUGAUUUUUACGGUGACAGGAAGGCAACAAGACGGGCCCAACAGUCUUUCCCAGAAGUCCGACGCCCAAACCAAAGUCAAUAGUGCCUGGUAUAAAAGCAACAUCAGUACUAAUGUAUACCCCGCGGCAGGUGCAUCCAAGCGAACUGUCUGUAACUUUAUGACAGCAACAUUACCUCUACCUACAUUAACCUGUGUUGACGUUGACCUGUGA